CCGGCGGGCGCGCCAGGCCCGGCUGGGGAGGGGGCGCUGCGCUCGCCAUGCUGCGAGGGCCGCGGGCCCUGGCUCCGGCCGCGGGGCCACCCCCCAAGGGGCUGCACGCGAUGAGCCCCACGGAGCUGUGGCCGCCCGGCCUCAGCAGCCCUCAGCUCUGCCCGGCCACCACCACCUACUACACCCAGCUGUACCCGCAGACUGUGCCUCCUGCUGCGGCGCCGGGCACCUGCCUCGACGCCACCCCCCACGGACCGGAGGGCCAAGCUGUGCGAUGCGUGCCUGCUGGCCGGCUGCCGGCCAAAAGGAAGCUGGACCUGGAGGGGAUCGGGAAGCCUGUGGUCCCUGAAUUCCGGACUCCCAAGCGGAAAUGCAUUAGAGUGGAUGGCCUCCCCAGCCCCAAAACCCCCAAGUCGCCUGGGGAGAAGACUCGCUAUGACACGUCGCUGGGGCUGCUCACCAAGAAAUUCAUUUACCUCCUGAGCGAGUCUGAGGAUGGGGUCCUGGACCUUAACUGGGCUGCUGAGGUGCUGGACGUGCAGAAGCGGCGCAUCUACGACAUAACCAAUGUGCUGGAGGGCAUCCAGCUCAUCCGCAAGAAGGCCAAGAACAACAUCCAGUGGGUAGGCAGAGGACUGUUUGAAGACCCCACCCGGCCUGGGAAGCAGCAGCAGCUGGGGCAGGAGCUGAAGGAGCUAAUGAGCAUGGAGCAGGCCUUGGACCAGCUCAUCCAGAGCUGCUCUCUGCACUUCAAGCACCUGACGGAGGACAAGGCCAACAAGAGACUGGCCUACGUGACUUACCAGGACAUCCGUGCUGUGGGCAGCUUUAAGGAGCAGACGGUGAUCGCUGUUAAGGCCCCUCCGCAGACGAGACUGGAAGUGCCUGACAGGAGCGAGGAGAACCUGCAGAUAUAUCUGAAGAGCACGCAGGGGCCCAUCGAAGUCUACCUUUGCCCAGAAGAGGUGCAGGAGCCCAACAGUCCUGCCAAGGAGCCCCUCCCCUCCACCUCCGCCCUCAGUCCCAGCCCUGACCCCACCCAGCCCAGCAGCAGCAUCAACCCUGGAAUCACGGAAUCCACGGCAUCCUCAGCACCAGCGCUGACGUCCCAGCAGGUCCUGCCACCACUCCCGCCGUCCCUUGUCCCCCUGGAGGCCACCGACAGCAUGCUGGGGCUGCCACACCCACUCCUGCAGCAGACAGAGGACCAGUUCCUGUCCCCGACACUGCCAUGCAGCUCCCCUCUGAUCAGCUUCUCCCCGCCCUUGGACCAGGACGACUACCUGUGGGGCCUGGACGGCGGGGAGGGCAUCAGUGACCUCUUCGACACCUAUGACCUUGGGGACCUGCUGAUUAACUGAACGGCCCCUGCCUGCGCCCCGGCAACCCCUCCAGUCUCUACCUCCUCACAGGCAGACUGACAGGCCCUCUGCCUGCACAGGAUGUGACACGAGGUGCUGCCCUCAGGGUAUGGGGGUCCCCCCUUUUCCUUUCCUACCUACCACCUGCCGGCCAGUGCUGUCGGGGGAAUGUGGAGGAUACGGGGAAGGAGCCUGUCAGGGGUUGGGUCCUGUCCUUCUUCAUGGAAACUGGGCCUGGGAAGACCCAGCCAGUCUUCUGACCUCUGACCUCUCAUGUGAAGGGCCACAGGGGAGGUGACCAGGUCCAAGGAGAGUCCCCGCAAUUGCCUUUAGAGGGGCAGUUAGGACCCUCAGUUUAUCAAGAAGCACUUAAUGCCUUUGUAUUUAUUUCAGGUUGAGUAUUGUUUGUUGGCCUUCCCUGAGUUUUAGCAGGGAGGUUGUUCUAGUUCCUAGGAAGACGUCUCCUCAGACAGGUCCAAGGGCAGGCCGGGGCUUGCAGGGGCCCAGGCCAACUCCCUGACUCCCCCCAGCAGUGGGGGACCGGGCCUCAGGGGCCGUCCAGUCUGCUGGAAUGCCAGUUGCACUUCAGCCUCCUAAUUCUCUCGAGCGGGGGCUGCGGGAUUCCUGGUCUCCUCUGUCCCAGAGCUGGUUCCAGGGAGUCAGCCCAGAAGAGCUCCCGGGGAAACUGGGGCACGAACAUGGAAGCAGCUGUCCGCUGCUGUGGGCACCUUUCCUCCAUAGUUGCCUCUUGCUGGGACAGGGGCUGUUUUACACUGAGGACCUGGGCGGUAGAGACAGGCCCGCUAAAGACAAGGGUGAGCAGAAAAUAAGAAACUGCCAGGAAGCACCUCUGCUGGGAGCUGCUGGUAUCGUCCUCCCCUGCCCUGGAAGGAUUGUUUUUUGCCGCAUCUGUUGAAGGGGGUGAUUCUUUAAGGACCUCCCCUUCCCCCCAGCUCUCAUACAGACCCCCAGGGACAGAAGUGACCACGGCUUGGUGGCGUCACAGGAUGCUGAAGGGGUGACAGGGAAGAGGCUUCGUGGCAGACCAGACGGCAGCUAAUGGGGAGACGGGCUCAUGUUACCUCUUCCGGCUUAGGGUCCUAAGAAGGUCUUUUGGCCUCACCCCAUCCCCCAGAGACUUGACCAUCCCACAUUGUCCCCGUAGCCCAGCUGGGUAUGGGGCAGUCAGCUCUCCUCCCCCGCCCAGCUUGGGGUGGGUGGGGGGCUCUGGGCUGAACCAAGGCUGUACCUUCCUGAGAGAGGCAGCCAGGGGUGGUGGUCUGAGAGACCCACCACCCACCCUCAGGGAGCUAGGUUUCCUCAGGGGCUCAGCUGGGCAAAACUUUUAUUUUUUUAAGUUUGUAGCAUUAAGUUGGUCUCAAAUAUGAAGUUGGCUCCAUGGGAUUGCUCCUGAGCUGACCUACUGGCUUCUGAAGCUUGGAAGGUGGGCUUCUUUGGGGGUGGGGUCCAAUGUGAGCUAAUGCCCAGCCGGGGACAGUCAGGCCUUGUCAUUGGCUCAACUUCCUGGGUCCCCAAGUUAGUGGCCUCUCAGGAAUGGUCACAGAUACCCUGCUCUAUAAACAGGGCUAGUUUUGUUAUGCUUUACAGAAGUGACUUUGGUCUCUACUCUAUAAACACUCACAGGGGUCUCAGCAGAAGGCAGUUUUGAAGCCCAGCAUGCCUAGGGCCGAGGGACCACCUUGGCCCUUGGGUGGGGGGAAGGGGUGCUGCCCAGGAUCUGGUUUGGGGCGGGUGGGGCUGGAGAUGGCAUGGCUGUUGUGAGAUCUCUGCUGGGCUGCCAUCUAGCCAUGCGCCAUCAUAUCUGAGGACAGAGCUGUCUGACUUCCAUGCCUUGGGCUCUGUCUAGAGCUUUCUCCUAGAAUUAAAUCAUAGAAAAGGGAAAUGAAUUUAAUGGUGAAGUCCAGCCAGAAUUGAAGCUCAUUCCCCAAAGCCCAGCCAAAGGUCUGGACAGAGGGGCUGUCCCUCGGGCCCAUGGCCUAUACCCAGAGCAGCUGGCAACCCCGCCAUCCUGUCCCUUCCACACCUGUCCUGGCCCAGUGGCGGGAUCACCAGGCCAAGCCUCAGGCUUGGUGUAGGAAACGAGCUUGUGCCUCUUUCUUCCCGAUGAUAACUGAAACCUCCCAAGUUCCGUCAAGUACUUUAAGAAGCAUUUUGAGUGGAAUUCCCUUCAGGGCCCAGGUAAACUUUAAAACCAGGGUAGAAGAAAAGCCAGUUUCUUUCUGAGGUAAACUAUUCCUGCCAGGAAAUUUCCCAGCCGCUCUGGCAGCCCCCACUCCACCCCCCGUCACUCGUGUCCCCAGGGGCAUCAAAGGCUCAGGGACUCCCAGGAACCCAGCAGCAUUAAAUUGUGCAGUAGACGGGCUUCCCUGGUGGCGCAGUGGUUGAGUCCGCCUGCCGAUGCAGGGGACAUGGGUUCGUGGCCCGGUCCAGGAAGAUCCCACAUGCCGCGGGGCGGCUAGGCCCGUGAGCCAUGGCCGCUGAGCCUGCGCAUCUGGAGCGUGUGCUCUGCAAUGAGAGAGGCCACAACAGUGAGAGGCCCACGUACUGCAAAAAAAAAAAAAAAAAAAAAAAAAAUUGUGCAGUAGAGUUGGAGAUUCAGAGAGAUUUCUUAAAACCAGAGUAGCAUCUCUCCUCCACAGCCACGCUAUGGUCUGAGCAGUGCGGCUACAGGGAAGACGAGGGGGAGGGCAGAGGGUGUUAAAACUGGCUGGAGCGUGGUUUUGACUUUAUUUCCUCUUUCCAGGUGUUCAGCCUCAGUUCUGCGCCGUGUUUAGUUUUUAGUGAAAGAGUUUGGGUGCUCCUGCGUCCAAGCAUUGCGUGGCUUAAAGCAUGUGAAGUGAAAGACUUUUGGGGUUGUUUGCAAGCAGCUUUCUGGUUCUCAUCACUGUGUCCUGAGGUCCCCACCUCAUCCUAGGACCCUAGCCUACCAUGGGGACCCUCGGUGAGCAGAAGCCCAGCCAGCCUGCUGGCUCCUGGGUAAGUGCUGAAGCCUUGCAUAUGGCACAUGUGUCUAGAGGGACCCUGGUUUCUGUGCUGGGAUUCCAUGCAGGUCACUCACCUCUGGCCGGGUUUCUGGUUUUGCCGUGUGUCCUGCCUUGACAAGCACCGUGUAAGCCUCCACGUGUUGUGAUGAUUGGGCAUUAAAUGACAAACUUGGG